AUACUUAUUCGAGCCGGCCACGCUGUUCGAGCCUCUGUUGUUUUUGCUCUUGUUCUACACUACACUUGCCAACCUGGAUGCUGGGAUUGUAGGAGAUCAUGUGUAAGGGACUGGUCUUCUCCCAUAUGCUGGUCUGAAGUGGAUACAACCUUUCCUACCGCCGGAAGCCCUGCAUUUUUGUUCCAUCUACCGCAAUAUCGAACUAGUAGAGCUAGUUUGAAGGACAAUGUGGCUAAUGAGCCAUUGUUAUCUGGUGUUGUCGGAGAGCUGCUUUGUCAUCCGUGAUAACCAGGAAUGUUGUGCAUCUCGUAUCAAGAUCAAGCGAAGCAAAUCCCGGUGUGCAUAUUACUCCAAUUCGACCGCGACAUUCCAAUGCCUACUCCAAGGCGACCUGGUAUUUAAACUAAAUCCCGGUCCCAUGGGUGAUCAAUCAACCAUUCACGCUCAUUGUUCCGUUACACGUCGUCGCGUCCCAUUGUCCACCAGAACAAGGAACCACUCGAAUCUUAAUACAGUUAAGAAAGCGCCAACAACAAAGCAUUUUAACACGCCAAUUCUUGAACAACAGGACAACAGGGCUUUCCAGUUGUGCAGUUUGAAUGCAAGAUCAUUAAGAAAUAAAUCAACGGCUUUUGUGGACUUGGUAUGUGAUUUGAAGGCUGAGUUGUUUACGAUAUGCGAGUCCUGGCUCCAUGAUCUUGACUCUGCGAUUGUAAGUGAGCUCACUCUUUCCCGGUUAUUCGAAGCUCUAUCACUGUCCUCGUGUUGAUCGUAGGGGUGGCAGGACUGCGCUGUUAUAUCGGGACGGUCUGGAUGUAAACAAAGUGUUUUCAGCCGAGCGAUCUUCGUUUGAAGUGUCGGAAUGGCUUGUGGUGUUCGGAUCUGUUCGUCUGCAUGUUGUCAUCGUGUAUAGGCCAACAUACUCUGCGGAGCAUCCCGUGACUACGAGUGUUUUCUUUCAUGAAUUCUCAGUCUAUCUUGAGUCGUUAGUCAUGUGUAAUGAGUUACUGUUAAUAUGUGGUGAUUUUAACAUUCAUAUGGACGUUCCAUCAGACGCUGACACCAUCCGGCUCAAGGACCUGUUGAACUCUAUGGGUCUGGUAUAGCAUGUCAAACGACCCACGCACAUACAUGGCCACACCUUAGACUUAAUUAUCACACGGCAGGCUGACGAUAUUGUGGACGGUGAGCCCCUUCCUGAGAGAUAUUUCUCUGACCAUGCUGCCGUGAUAUGUAAGCUAAGUGUGGCCAAGCCUCCGCUAAGAAUUAAACAUGCUGAAUACAGGAAACUCAAAUCAAUUGAUAUGACUAAACUGAAAGAAGAUAUCCGCAAUUCUCAGCUAUAUCAAGACCCGCCUAAUGAUUUGAACAUGCUGCUCGACUGUUAUAACACGACUUUAAGAUCACUAUUAGAUGAUUACGUGCCCGUUUGUUGCAUGUCUGCACUCGACCCAGGCCCCCGUGGUUCAAUGAAGACAUAA